AUAGUAGAGCAGGACGCUGUAAGGCACGAGCCAAUCACAGCGAACGAAGCGCGACUUGUCGGAAAGCAAUGCAGUAAAGAAUCGGUGAGCACAGCGACAGUCUACGGGUGAAGAAAAAAAAAAAAAAAGAAAGUUCAACGCUCUGACAGCUAUUUGGUGCGGCGGGUUUUGUAGUGGAGCUGCGCUACACAACCACCCCCGCCACCACCCCAGGGCUAAAGAUGGCGCUUAAACGAAUCCAAAAGGAACUGACCGAUUUGGCCCGGGAUCCUCCAGCACAGUGUUCAGCAGGUCCAGUUGGGGAUGAUGUAUUCCAUUGGCAGGCUACAAUCAUGGGUCCUAACGAGAGUCCCUAUCAGGGUGGGGUUUUCUUCCUGACCAUUCACUUCCCAACAGACUACCCUUUCAAACCCCCAAAGGUUGCAUUCACCACAAGAAUCUACCACCCAAAUAUUAACAGUAACGGCAGCAUCUGUCUGGAUAUCCUCAGGUCCCAGUGGUCUCCUGCACUUACAAUUUCUAAAGUUCUUUUGUCCAUCUGCUCACUCUUAUGUGAUCCAAACCCAGAUGAUCCUCUCGUACCAGAGAUUGCACGAAUCUACAAAACAGACACAGAGAAGUACAAUAAAAUGGCAAGAGAAUGGACAGAGAAAUACGCCAUGUUGUAGAUACAACAGAAUAGCACGGGAAUGGACGCAGAAAUAUGCCAUGUGAUGUUGGCAGGACACAUUUACAAACUGUUGUUAAUGCUCUUGUGUUUGGUCAUUUCAUCACAUAUCUCUCUUACGGAGAAACAGUCCGCAGUUGUCUGCUGAAACGAGACUACAAAAGAAAGAAAGACCUGCAGGAGUUGCCUUUUUUUUCUCAAAUAUCAUGUGGACCUCAUUCAUCAAGUGGAGUCUUUUCCCUCCUUUCUGCUUUUUGCUUUGCAGUCAAUACAUCACUUACUCUGACCUCUUGCCUCAUUCAAUCUUUGUGUAAGAGCACAGUGCCGGCCUGCUCAGGCAGAGGACUGUAGGCUGUGCUACUGCUAUUGCUUCUUCUGGGCUGCGCUGCAUGUCAUCACAGAGUGAAGCUCAGUUGUGGCACAUCACUGGGAUUAUCAGAUGCAUUCUUUUGUUUUGUUUUGUUCGUGCUCUCAGAUUUGCAGAAAAUCUUUCUCGGCCCAAGCUUUAACAUCUGUAGCAAUGAAGUGCACCCCAGCUAGCUUAAAUGUCCUGCUUUUGAUUUUCCCUUAAAUAAAGUUACAUAACUCA